CUAACAUGUAAUGCACCAAGAGGCUGCCCCAACGCACUAAUAACAUGGCAGAAUCAGACGGGAAUAUGGACUAAUUCUACAAACCUGACAUUUGUCCCGACUCGGAGUCACGAUCAAACUUCAUUAACUUGUCAGAUGACCUUCUCAUCAUCGAAGCAUUAUACCCAAAAUAAAAUCACAAUAUCUGUUCAGUAUCCACCUUCCAUCUGUAUUACCAUCCUAGAAAUACAAAACCACACCAUCACUAACUGUACCAUACAACAGGAAUUGACAGUACAAGAAGGAAGCUCACUGGCUCUGAAAUGUUCGGUGGACAGCAACCCUGGAGCUCAGGUGACCUGGAUGAAGGGAGAGAAGAAUGUGCUCAGCAAGGGCAAUGGAAGUGAGCUUGUGCUCUAUCUGAGCAAUAUAUCAUCCAGCGGGGCAGAUAAUUAUCACUGUUUGGCUCACAAUAAUCUUUCGGCCAUUAAUCAAAACAUCAAUAUCAUUGUGCAAUCGGAUAAUACAAAGUAUCUUCUGAUUGCUGAUGCAGUUGGAAUUGCUUGUUGUUGUAGUUGGAAUUGCUGGUGCAGUUGGAAUUGCUGUCGUCUUGUUGGUUGCUGUAACACUGAAGCUUCUGUUGAGUAGCAGGAUGAAGAAAACUGAGGAAAAAAUUAAAACUGAGGAUUCCACUUUUACAAACAACCAGUAUGAACAUAAACCAGACUCCUUGUAUGGAGACACCGAACCAGACUCUUUGUAUGGAAACACCGAACCAGACUCUUUGUAUGGA